AUGGCGUUGCGAUUACUCGUCAACACCGGCCUUUUAGCGAUCCCGAUCGGGGGUUCGGUCGGCACACUGCUAGGUAUUGAUGCACACCGAUCAGCGAACGGUCAACCACCACUUUUCACCAGCGACGGCAAUUCCAAUACCGGAUCAGGUUCAGGCGAUAGUACGGGCGGCGGUUCGGGCGGCAGUGGCUCAACGACGAAUAACGGCGUCACUAACACCCAGUAUUGCCAGAAUUCCUAUGGUAUCUCACCACCAUCGGACGGCCAGCUCUAUACUCUCAAUCCCAAUCAGUGGGGCGUGACAGAUACAACUUCCGGGGCGCUAUGCAUGAAUGUCACGACUUUCAACAAUGAAACCUAUGCGACCACCCAGUCCGCGCCAGGCUUUUCCGUCACUUGGCAAUUCGAUCCUGGCCCCUCAACCCAACCUGUGCACGCUUUCCCUAAUAUCAUGGUGGACGAUGUUUUGCCCAUUGAGCUGGACAAGAUGACCAAGGUCGACCUCGACCUUCACUGGACCUAUGGCGUGGGCAACACCGUCGCAUCUUCAACAGACUCAUCUUCCCUCACAGCCGACGACCUUCAAACCAACGUUGCCAUCGAUAUGUUCUUCGACUCAGACAAAAACAAUGCAGGAAACAGUGCUCUGGCUAAAUACGAAGUCAUGGUCUGGUUUGCUGAUUUCGGUGCCUCUGCUCAACCAAUCGGUCUCUCCGCUGGCGCUGUGACGACAAAGACGCUAAACGGGACAACCUUCGAACUCUACACCGGAACAAAUGCGGCCAAGCAAAACGUUCUAUCAUGGAAAGCAACCGAAACAACCGAGGAAUUCACCGGCGAUAUUUACCCUCUCAUCACCGACCUGUACGCUCUGACUGGCGAUAUUUACCCAUCAAACUCAGACUAUAUGGGUAUCUUCCAGUUCGGCACUGAAGCGUUCUCAUCAGACAAGAACGUCACCUUCGCAGUACCUAAACUCUCGAUCGACAUUCAGAAAUAA